AUGGAGUUUACGGAUUUCUCGAAGACGAGUUUUUAUCACCCGUCGUCGCAAAGCCUUUGGGAUUUCGGAGAUUUCGCGGCGGCGGAGAGGAAUUCGUUAGGUUUUAUGGAGCUAUUAGGUUCUCAGCACCAUCAUCAUCAUCAUCAGCUUCAGGACUUUACUACUGUUUCUCCACAUUCCUUUCUUCUCGAAACGCCUCAACCGCAACCGUCGGCAAAAUUUUCUUCUUCCGUUUCAGCUAUCCUUCAAGCUCCACCGUCAAACGCGACGUCAAAGGUGGAAUCUUUGUGCUCGGAUCCGUUGCUGAUAAACCCACCGGCGACACCUAACUCGUCGUCGAUUUCGUCGGCGUCAAGCGAGGCCUUAAAUGAAGAGAAAGCGAAACGAAAAGACGACGAAGACGAAGAAGAAGAUGAGGAACACGAACAGAAGAAGACUGAUACUCAAGCUAAUAACCAAUUAAAGCCAAAGAAGAAUAACCAGAAGAGACAGAGAGAGGCAAGAGUAGCAUUCAUGACAAAGAGUGAGGUUGAUCAUCUCGAAGAUGGUUAUCGUUGGAGAAAAUACGGUCAAAAAGCUGUCAAAAACAGUCCUUUUCCCAGGAGUUACUACCGUUGCACAACAGCUUCAUGUAACGUGAAGAAGAGAGUAGAGAGAUCAUUCAGAGAUCCGAGCACUGUGGUUACAACUUACGAAGGUCAACACACGCACAUUAGUCCACUCACGGCUCGUCCGAUUUCCACUGGAGGCUACUUCGGAUCAUCAGGAGUUGCUUCCAAUCUCGGGAACUUGGGAUUUCCAAUGGAGAACUCGGCACUGAUCUCACCUCAAUUCCAACAGCUUGUCCACUACCACCAACAACAGCAACAACAGGAACUGUCGUCUUGUUUUGGAGGGGUUAGUGAGUACCGUACUAGCCACGUAAAUGGAUAUGGUGAUGGUGAUGAUGGUCGUGUAAAGAAGAGUCGAGGUUUGGUUAAAGAUAAUGGACUUCUUCAAGAUGUUGUUCCAUCUCAUAUGUUGAAAGAAGAGUAG